AUGUACAUACUCAAGUAUGCCACAGUCCUUGGAUGGGCACUCAUCACACUAGCCUCGCCCAUCCAUGACUUAAAAGAAACAUUAGAUACUCCCCAAAACACCAUCACCCCCCGCGUAAACCCCUUUGCCUGUCCCGCCAACAAAGUCCACAACCCCACCGUCACCGAAUGGAAAUGGGCCCUAGACACCUACUGCUCGCGCCACACCCCCACCCGAAUAACCAGCGACUCGCCCCUAAUCUUCACCUACCAACUCACCGCCUUUGACAAGAAACCCAUCAAAUGGGUUUUCAAAGUGUGGAUCGAUGACGGGAUGCGCGAGGUGAGGGGCGGAGUGGGCGUACCCACUGUGUAUGAGUUUGAUCUAAGUAUGGAGUUGUGUAAGAAGAAGUUUAUGAAUAUGGUUACCGAGGGGAAGGGUGGGGGGAUGCCCAAGGUGGUUUGUGAGAUAGGCAAGGAGAGGUUGUUUCGUGGGGGGAGUUAUAGGGAUUUGGUGGUUAAGAAUAGAUUUGGGGAGGCGGUUUGGGAGUCGAGGCGGCUUAAGGGGGAUGAUUAG